AUGGCGGAGGAGAUGGUGGCACGUCUGACAGCAGCCCUGGCAUUGACCGAAGUAGCAGUGGUGGAUUUUGGAUCACUGGGUUCGGCUGCGGUGGCAGAAGAUGGUUUUUACUUGGUGGGGUGUAUGCUGCCGAGGAAGCCGGGUGAUGAGAAGAGUCUGUUGGGGUUGAUGGCUACGUUCUGGGGUCUGCAUAAUCGACUGGUGAUCACGGCUCAUGACGGGGAUCGUUUUAUGUUCCGGUUUAAGAUCCGAGAGGAGUGUCACCGUAUUCUACACAAUGGACCAUGGCACUUUGGAGGCAGAAUGCUGGUGUUGGGGGAAUAUGACUGCCUGAGUGCAGUGGAGGCGGUGCCUCUGCAUAUGGUGGAAACUUGGGUUAGCAUUAAAGGGCUACCUCCCCAUCUGAGGACGGAGGAAACCCUCAUUCUCAUUGGUUCCUCGAUGGGUAGGUUUUUGAGAGCUAAUACGCUGCCCUUGCAACGUGGAGCGGCCGAGAAAAAGUUUUGUAGACAUGUGGACGUCCGGCGUCAACUGCGGAGUGCCCGUGGGUUCACGUUCAAUGCUAGGAUCUCGGCGGACGUACAAAUCAAGUACGAGAAAUUCAAAGGGCUAGACAGGGGUUGUGGGUUAUUCUUUCAUGAGGUAGAGGGGUGCGACAAAUUUCCGUCGAUCCAGAGAGAGAAACAGUCACCGGGGACAGCUCUAUCGGUGGUAGGUCCGACCUUAGCAUCAGGUGCUCAUUUGCAUUGA